GCACGAUACCGGUUUGUCAGUUCAACAGUUCGACAGUUCGUUAGGACAUACUAUGGUCGCCACACUAUCUUUGGGAUCCUCAGCACUCUUCCUGCUCGCCAUUUCGGCGAGUAGCGAAUCCGUGGUGGUCGAUGAGAAAUAUUUAAAGUUCCCACCGAACUUUCUACUGGGCACAGCAUCGGCGUCAUACCAAAUAGAGGGAGCAUGGAACGUGAGUGAUAAAGGAGAAAGUACUUGGGACCAUUUCACUCAUCUUAAGGGUAAUCGUAUUUUCAAUGAUACAAAUGGAGAUGUUGCAGCUGACUUUUAUCACAAAUACAAAGAAGAUAUUGCCAUACUUAAAAACAUUGGGUUCAAAUCGUACCGAUUCUCUGUGAGCUGGCCGCGAAUUCUCCCGACCGGAUUCGCGAAUCAAGUCAGUAAAGAUGGUGUCCAAUAUUACCAUAACUUAAUCGAUGAACUAUUGAAGAAUGGUAUUGAACCUUUGAUGACUCUUUAUCAUUGGGACCACCCGCAAAUCAUGGAAGAGGCUGGUGGUUGGAUGAACGAAGAAAUGGUUGACUGGUUUGCUGACUACGCGAGAGUCAUUUACCGCGAGUUCGGCUCGAAGGUGAAGAAGUUCAUCCCGAUAAACGAGCCUAUAUCGUUUUGCAAAAACGGUUACGCUGAUGGCAAGGACGCACCUGGCAAGACUCUGCCUGGCAUUGGCGACUACUUGUGCAUGCAUAAUGUGAUCAAGGCUCAUGCAAGAGCGUACAGAAUCUACGAGACCGAGUUCAAACAGACUCAGAAGGGCCAAGUUGGUUUUUUGAUCAACUUCUGGGCCUACAUGCCCAAAACGCCUGCGGACCAAAACGCUGCAGACCUUGCGUUUGAAUUCAAUGUUGGAUGGAGUAUGCAUCCGAUUUACUCCAAGGAGGGUGAUUAUCCAGCUGUGAUGAAGAGUAUGAUAGCUAAGAAGAGUAAGGAACAAGGAUAUCUCAAGUCCCGUUUGCCUACAUUUACUCCUGAUGAGAUUAAAUACAUAAGAGGAACCUCGGAUUUCUUGGCUGUAAAUCACUAUUCCGCGAGACUGGUUACACUUGGUAAUACAGGAAAAAUGCCGUCCCGUGAAAACGAUAUGGGAGUGGUAGAGAUUAUUGACAAGUCCUGGAAAGGAUCAGCUGUCGACUGGUUGUUCGUUGUGCCUGAAGGAUUCCGAUACGUUCUACGUCAACUUGCACAAUAUUACGGUAACCCACCGAUGUACAUAACUGAAAACGGCUAUGCCGAUUACGGAUCGCUCAACGACGACGAUAGAAUUGAAUACUUCCGCGAAUACUUGAAGCAAAUGCACCUCGCUAUUUACGAAGAUGGCGUCAACGUACGAGGAUACAUUUUGUGGUCUCUGACGGACACCUUCGAAUGGCUUUUCGGAUACAAUGCCCGCUUUGGUAUCGUGUCCGUUGACUUCAACGACCCAGAGAGACCCCGAACCUUGAGGAAGUCUGCUUCCUGGUGGAAGAAGGUUAUUGCCGAUGGUAAAAUUGAUCAGUAAUGAGGAAUAUCAUGGACACCAUAAAUAACUAAUUAAAUAUUGCCGAUUGUAUGAUAAAUCAAUGUCCAUUUUUUAUGCACAAAUGUUCCACUUUGUUUUUGAUGAAUGCAUUAAAAAUUAAAAUAAUUAAUUAUCCAUUUAUUUGCUGUUAUAUUAUGUUCCUUGUGUUUUGUGUGAUGCAAUUUUCCUCUUAAAGAAAAUGUCAAGUUUCAUUGUCUCGUCGCAGGAUCCUUUUUUUCAAAUCAUUGAACACGACUUGCUAUUCUACGAUAGAGAAGUUCAUUCGACGUGCAUUGAUCUGUACAACAUUUUAACUAUUCCGCAUUGGGAGAUCGAAUUUGUAGAAGGGCGAGGUAAGGUGUCAGCUACGAAGGGAUUAAAUACAGAUAAAAGACUCCAAGUCCCAGUUGUAAAUGCUCCAGCAUCACCCACUUCAUUUAUACAGUCCUCUGGAAGAGAAAAGUAGAAGAGAAAGCACGAAGCGCUUUGUCCCUGUCAUGUUAAGUGAUAAGUAGUUGGUUGUGUUUAGAGUUAGUAGAGUUAAGUUCGCAGUAUGGCAGUAAUUAAGCUAGCGAGAGCGGAUUAAGAAAUGUUUGGAGACUAUUAAUAAUGACUUCGAUGUAUAUAAGCUUAAA